AUGGAAGUCCCAAACGAAAGGCCCUUUUUCCAGUCCGGCGACAAUCUAUUGUGGCUUCGCGUCUGGCUACGCAUGCAGCACUUCAAGCGAUCCGGCAAGCUCCACAGCUCACGUCCAGUCCUGUCCGCUGGUGGCUCUCUUCUGAACCACGACAAGAAGAAGCUCAAUCCACCAGGACAGAGCGGACGAUACAUGUUGUACUGGCCCGAUGUGAAGCCUGGGAAAAAGCCAAAGAAUGGACGCAGCUUGAGGGCGGAUUUGGGCAUUGCAGAGACCAGCAGGCUGAGAAGGCGAGAUGAGGCCGCAGCGGCUAAUAGAGCCAGAGAUAGAGGCGACGGCGGCGCGACGGCCGUUGAUGAGGACCACCCAAGAGCGUCGACGCCGCUCACCAACGGGAGAAGAGGGCGAGAGUGCUCUCAAGCUUCCCUCGACUCGAGGACACCAGAUUUACAGGCGUACGAGUGCAGUCGCUCUGACACUGCCGAUGCAGAAGCGCUCAGUGCAGAAGCCCGAAUGUCGGAUGCACCACCGAUGGCAGUGCCGGCGCCAGAAGCGGCGACCUUCAAGGCACGCACGCCUUACUUUGCGAGGGCACAGUCUACCCGCCUGUGUAAGCUGCGCUACGAGCACCUUCCUGAGCAAGAAAAGGCCCGCAAAUCCCUCUACAAGCCAAGAGACCACAGCAAGACGAAUCCGUAUAGGCAUUUCUCACCCAAGCAGUACGCCGCUGCUCUGCGUGCCUCUCGUGAGAAGAUCGUCAAUGAUGUGGAGGCGCUGUCCAGGAAGCCUGAUGCAGAGCUGAGCGCAGAGAAGAUCAAUGACGAAUUGUGGACCCUGAUGCGGGAGGUGGCAAUGAUCUAUCCGCCGAUGCCAUACGACAAGAUCAAGUGGGCGGAGGACGUCUCCAUGGAUUGCGACGCCUUUACCGUGGACCCAUCCUUCCUCUGCGCUCUGCAACGGCUGGAUACUCGGCUGCAGCUCAUUGCGCACAACCUCGGGUACGAGUACGAACACCAGUGGCCCGCGAAGGUUUGCGUCUGCCGCGUGGAGACGCUGAUGCUGAUCAAUAUUUGUCAGGUGCAGGACGCAGCAUAUGAGGUGAUGAACUACGAGGCGGAUGAUGCUUGGCUGCGCCCUCAGACGGACGACGAGAAGGAACGUGAGGCUGCUGCUGCUGCUGUUACUGGUGGUACCAGAAGCAAGUCGAAGUCUAGGAAACGCAAGAGGAGAGGCGCAAGAGACCGAGGAGAAUGCGAAGAGUUCCUGUCGGAGUGCCCGGACGAAGAGGAUCAAGCAUGGGGUGAUGAUGAUUUCGCAUGGCACGAUGCCGAAGCUGAAGGGCAGGCCGAAGUGACUACGCCAAGCGAUCCGUCCAUCGAAAUCCAACGAGGAGGGGAAUCAGGACUUUGGAACGAAGGAGCAUCGCUGAUCUCUGCGACUUGGCAGAAUAGCGGCGGCGGCGGUGGGCAGAGGUACUUUGAUCUGGGCACGAGGACGUCUAUGCGCACCGACGGGCGAAGGCGCCCUCGGCUAUCUGCCAUCAGCGUCGAGGUGGACGAGGUCAGCGGGGACGAUGGUCGAGGGGAGGUGCAGGUGAGCGAUGCGCAACAUGCUGCCCUCUUCCUUCAGGGACAGCUGUGGAGGCACGUCUGCCAUGGCGCAGUGAGCACACGAGACUUGACCGAUGGGAGCGAGUGA